AUGGCGGAUAGCGUGUAUGCCUUCGUGAUUCCUAUCGUCAUUAUCGUGGUGGUGUUGAAAGUCUCCCUCAUAUGCUGCAGGAUCUGGCUCUACCAAAAGAGGAGAGAACAACAGAUUCGGAUCUGCCAGCAGAGGAGAGUACAAGCGCAGUGUGCCACUGCCAGAGUGGUGUCAGUGAGACAGAUCCAAGGCCCCAGUGGCAUAGCUCAGCAGACAUCCUACGCCAUUGAGCAGCCUGGUCGCCCGACUCAGCAGCUGACACGCACCAUCAUCGUCCGACCGGCGUCGCGACGACCAAACGACCCCAACCUCCCUCCCUCCUAUGACCAGGCCAUGACGGGCGCCGAUCGCUCCGUGAGGGUCCAGGAAGGGCAGGAGACUCUUGAGAAGAACCCUCUCCAGCAGCCGAUGCCUCGCGUCCAAGUUCCACCCCAGCGAGGCCUCACUCAACCUCUUCCUCCUCCUGCUCCGGUAGCAGCUGGCCCCGUAACUCCGCCAGGCAUGACUCUGCCUCACAUGCCUCCUCCGCGGAACCCUCCCGUCACUGCCCCACCCCCCUACAUGCCCGCCAUCCCUUCUGCCCCCUCCCCCGAUAUUGACAUCGGCGAUCGCCAGAGGCUCCUCUACUAAUGGACUAUUGUAUACUAUAUACUCACAAUGUAACUCUUUUCUAGAUUGUGUUCCUGCUCUCGAAUCAGUUACUUUUCAUAAUACUGUGUCAGACACUGUAAAAUUAAUGAUGACGAUAUGCUU